GACUUCAUAAAAAUAUAUAUUUUGUAUAGUAUAGAUAAUUAAUAGUGGAAUGUCGAGUAAUAUUCUGUAUUUUAGUAAUAACAGUUUGGUAUAAAUAGAAAUAUCACAUACUAAGAAAAUAUACACAUUUUAUUAAUAAACCAGCAGCUAUACAAUCAGCCUGAAAAAGUUCUAAAAUGAGGUUUCAUUAAGAAACAUUAUUCCCAGGUUCCCCUAUCAACUUUGACUGGCUCAUUACUUGUUUAUCAUACCAAAGUAGAGUAUUUCGAAUUAGUUGAAAGUGUUUUAUAGCUGAACAAAGUCAUUUUAUAGUGUCGUCCUUAAUAUUUCGAUUAGUAAACAAUAUGAAAAAGAACAUCAGGAGAACUGUUGAGAAUUUAGAUACAUUUAAUACUGCCACCAGUGAGGAUAUGCGAGGAAGAGCUUACAGUACAGUGGAUAUCGAAUAUUUUACCAGUGGCCAUGCUUCUACCAAAAAUGCUACUCAAAGAAUCUUUGUCAACAGAAGUCUUCAUUUAGAAAACAUCAAGUUCUAUGGAUUUGAUAUGGAUUACACCCUGGCCGAAUACAAAUCACCCCAUUAUGAAAAGUUGGGAUUUGAUUUAGUGAAAAAGCACAUGGUGACAAUAGGUUAUCCUCAAGAAAUCUUAGAAUUUGAAUAUGAUCCAUCAUUUGCCGUCAGAGGCUUAUGGUUUGAUACACUUUAUGGCAAUCUUUUAAAAGUAGACGCAUAUGGAAAUAUAUUAGUUGCAGUUCACGGAUUUGAAUUUUUAAAGCACUCACGUAUCUACGAAUUAUACUACAACAAGUUCAUAAAUUUAGACGAAUCCAGGGUGUAUGUACUUAACACCUUAUUCAAUUUGCCAGAGACCUAUUUGCUUGCCUGUCUUAUUGAUUUUUUCACAAAUUCGUCUGAAUAUUCUAAAACAGAUACCGGAGUGAAAUGUGGCGAACUUUUGAUGUCAUACCAGUCGAUUUUCCAGGACGUACGAAAUGCUGUAGAUUAUGUACAUAUAAGGGGUGAAUUAAAACAGCACACGACGGAAAAUUUGGAAAAAUAUGUGAAAAAGGACGAAAGAUUGCCAACAUUUCUAGCUAGGCUUAGAGAAAGUGGAGCAAAAACCUUUCUACUGACAAAUAGCGAUUAUAAUUUUACAGAUAAAAUUAUGACAUACUUGUUUGAUUUUCCACAUGGAGCUAAGCCUGAAGAACUUCACCGAAACUGGAAAACAUACUUUGACAUAGUAGUGGUGGACGCAUGCAAACCCUUAUUUUUCGCCGAAGGUACCAUUUUACGUCAGGUGGACACGAGCACUGGUGCACUCAGGCUUGGUAUUCACACUGGACCCUUCCAAAAGGACCACGUUUAUUCUGGAGGAUCUUGUGAUGUAUUUACUAAACUGAUUGGAGCAAAAGGAAAAGAUGUAUUAUAUGUAGGCGAUCACAUUUUCGGUGAUAUUCUGAAGAGCAAAAAAAUCCGUGGUUGGAGAACAUUUUUAAUUGUGCCUGAAUUGGUUAGAGAACUUCACGUGUGGACCGAUAAAUGUCAGUUAUUUAAUGAAUUGCAAACUUUAGAUGUUAAGCUCGGAGAAAUGUAUAAAAAUUUAGAUAGUAGUACCAAAGAAAAACCAGAUAUUUCAAAACUGAGAAGCGCAAUAAGGGAUGUAACUCACAAAAUGGAUAUGUCCUAUGGCAUGAUGGGUAGUUUGUUUAGGUCAGGAUCCAGACAAACAUUCUUCUCCUCACAGGUUGUAAGAUAUGCAGAUCUCUAUGCAGCGACACAUUUAAAUUUGCUCUACUAUCCGUUUUCCUACAUGUUCCGUGCCCCAGCUAUGCUGUUACCCCAUGAAUCUACGGUUGCUCACGAACAACACUUUGCUUCUGAAUUAGUGCCCGAGCCUUACGAUCUUGAAGAAGAAAAAAGACAAAGGGUUUUUGAACGUGCCCAAAGUCAAAUCCCACACAUCAGACCAGAAACGCCUCAAUCGCUCACCCACAAUCACGAUGAAGAUUUCAGUGACGAAGAUAGUGACGAUAAAAAUGCAGCUUUAAAGUCCGAAAACGGCAAAAAUUGAAAGGGCGCGAUAUUUCCAGAAAAUGUUUUGUAUUUUGUACAGGGUACAUUGACGUUAUGUUUCUGCCAAAAAUUGUUAGUGAUACACGAAAAAAUAAGUAGCCCUAGAAAAUUAUGUAUAGCGGAUUUACAUAGAGAUUUUUAUAGAGACAAACGAAAAAGCUGAUAUUACGGUAAUAGUUUUAGAAAAUUAAUUUGUCAAUUAUUUAUUGAGCAAAAGUCAAAAUAAAUUGCUAAUCUUAUCAAGAUUAUGUUUAUAAAAAAAUCUCAGAUUUAGCAAAAAGGUAUUUCCUGAAUAAACCUGAAAGUUGCAUUGUUAAUAUCUUCCCGUUUACUUCGAUAAUUGCAUUCAAAAUGCAAAUAAGGAAUACGUAAUUAUAGAUAUUUAAAUAUAGAAUGAUAAAAAGUGAUUUUGAAACUUUUAGAAUGUAUUCUUUAACAUUUUUAUCGGUGCACAAUGACUUGACACGUUAUUUUUAGAAUUUACUUUUUGGGGAUAAUUUUCUUAUGUAAACUAUAAAAAUGUCUCAAUUAGGUAUCACCUAAUUUAAUAAAUUAAGAGGCAAUAUUAAUGUAAUAAUUUUAACAUUUGUGCCUAGUUAGCUAUAAUUUAGAUGCAUGUUAUUUUUUCAAUGUAUUUUAAUAAAUAGGUUAUUUUUUUGUUCUUGUUUUGUGUAUUUUUGAUUUUUCUUUUUUAAAUAAAAAAAAAAUAAUCUCAAUUCAUAAAUUGUUUUAUUCAUAUAAAAUGGUUGAAAAAUCUCACAAAACUUGGGAUCCUUUUCCUUGCAUAAACUACUUAUAAAGCUUUUUAUAUCAGGAAUUAACUUUUUUGAAAUAAUACAGUUCAAAAGUGCAAAACAAUAAUUUAAUAUUCAAACAGUUUCUAUAGCGUUAGUAUAAUUCACAAUACCUUUGGAGGAAAUUAUAUAAGAAGAAUAUAUGUCUGUGGUGGGUCUAGAAAAUAAAAUAAAGAAUUACUGGAAAUUUUGCCAUGCACAGGAAGAAUCUAUUGUCACUUCCUUAAAUAUGUACAGAGGUAAAAGAAAUUAGAGAAAAAUCAAUUGAACACACAAUUGUUUCACUCUGUACAACUUCAUCAUUCUCAUUCACAUCUUGUCCAUGAAAUGAGGUUGUCCAUUCUUUUCUCUUCUUCUUGUCAGAAUUUCACAACCAGUUUCAUUGACUAGCAAAGUUUGUUCAAAUUGAGCUGACCAUUGUCCAUCGGCAGUUACGGCAGUCCAUUUGUCGGGCCACAUUUCAUCUUUCCAUGUACCAACAGAUAUCAUUGGUUCAAUUGUGAAGCAAUGACCAGGUUUCAUGACACCAAUUGCCCGAUUUUC